UGUUUUGCAUUUCCAUGAGCUAAAUAGGGCUCAAAUGUGCAGUUUUGAAAGAAACACGUGUUAUAGCUCGUGUAUUUGAAUUUGUAAACAUAUCUGGUGGUCCUGCAGGUUAAAGGAAGCUCUCAGUGUCUAUGCUUUAGUCUUGGAUUAUGUGUUUGCACUUACUCUUCCUGGGUCACCUCAGCAUGUCUUCUGCGUCAUGUUCCUGGCUGAUAGGGAGAGCAGCUGGUUUGUUAAUGACAGGAAUGAAGCUGUUGAAAGUGGCAAAGUUACAGAAUACAGUGUAGAAAAGUCUAACUUGUAUAAAAUUAACAGAAACUCACUAAUUAUUGUAAUGCAGGUUAUAUUUCGUAAUGAAGGAAUAAUGUUAAAUCCAUGAUAACCCAUACCAUACCCUCACCACUCAAUGUAUCUAAACUAUCGGCUACGUUACGUGCUGGUUUUAGACAUCACGUGUUACAGGUACCUUUUGUUUUCUCCGAUUCCUAUCCAUCCUAAUCGAAUAGCCGAGGCCACAGCAGACCAAAACCGGUAUUUCCGCUUUUGUAUGUUUUUUGACUGUUGACCUCCCAUCGCACUGAUAAUGGCUGGCAGAAAAAGAAAUCAUUCCUUAUUUCGUUAUUUUAACGGCAAUGCCUACGUAAAGCUGGCAGUGAUCACGAGGAGAUCUGUCACUACACCGUCCAACCUCUCAUCCAGUCCAACGAUCUUAUUAAAUAAAACAUUUUAAAAAAUAAAUACAAUAAAAACCGAUCUUAUCCGUCUUGGUUGGCAUAUACUGUCCCUGAGGGUACAGUAGGUGUCGCAGUGAUAGUAAGUAACAGAUACUCGUGCGAGCUAUGAAUGAAACAAAACGUGUAAGUCAGCAGUAUUAGCAGCGCAAAUGAAGUGAAACUCAGCGCGUUGGCUUAUAUGUGGCAUCAACCUAUCCCUUCUCUAUGGCUAAUAAAAUAACCGUCAUUACUAAUUUUUUUGAAAGUACACAAGAAAGAUACAAUUUUCAUACCUUAUGGUACGAGUUCAGAAAAUCACACUUCACAAAGACCAAGAAAACAAUGGCAAGUACCGGUGUGUUACAAAACCAAUUUUUGUUAAGUAGCUUUUCCAAGCUGAUUAAAAAAAUAUUACCUGUAACACAUACAAUAUAAUGCGUAUUUGUGUUACUGUUAGUACCCCUGACUCAGGGAAAGCACACAGUAUGGUACCGUACUGUACUACUCGUGUGUACGAAACUUUGCUUUGCAAGCAAUGGUAGCGCAACGGACAGAACCCGGACACGACAGAUAGCAAAAAGUGCUAUGUGUGCAAAACUUAGCAAUGAGAUAGCUGAGUGUACUGGCGAUUAAAAUUGUCAAAUUCUGCAAUCCAAGUCAGGUUUACAACACAUGCAUUAAAGCGUUUCCUGUCUUAUCUGCAGAUUAUACUAUAUGUGUGCGGAUUAAAACAGUGCUUUUUCAGUUCAGUUUUUUCUUCUUGUGCUUCAGUGUAAAGCUGUGUAGCUCUGUGUUUGUUUGUCGGUAUGGGAUGGGAGUGGAAAUGUGCUCCGGACCUUGACCCAACCAAUACUUUUGGACCUUCACUAAAAUAAACGAGUACCCUUUUAGGGUAAUGAAUUGUGACUGCCGGUGUUUUCAGUGUUGCAAUAUAAAACAAAACAAACGGGGUAUCGGGUAUGUUACGAAGGAACCUUACUCGUUCUCCCUACUUUACUGCAUGCUCGUAAUUGCGUGCGCAGUCUUUACAGUGGAUUGCAGUCGCUGUGUUAAUUCAAACGCGUUCCGAACAUUCUCUAGAAAACGGCGUUUUUUGAGGAUUAUUUUUAAGAAACAAUUUUGCCGUUUGUGCCUGUCUGCACAUUGCCGUGUUCAUUAAGUAAUAGUAUUGCAUAAUAUAGCCUGCUUUUUAUGCUGAAAUGCCUUUUAAGUGGCCCAUUAACCCAGCGAAGAAAGCGCGACAGAGAAAAAAGAUCCAAGAAGACAACCUCCGCUUUUGGGGCGCGGUGGCCUCAUCGGUUCGCCUGGGGUGGUUAGGCCUCAUCGACAGAAAUAAGGAGAAGAAGGUUAUCCUACAGUCCUUGUUUCCUCUGCUGAUGUGCACUGCAGCUAUGGAAGGAGACAUUGAAGGACUGGAGGGGCACUUAAACCAGGGCGCUGAUGCCCAAAUGACUUCCAAUUAUGGGCGAACACCCCUUCAUGUGGCAGCGGGAGAGGGGGACCUGGACACAGUGAGGUUCCUUCUGAAGAAAGGUGCUGAUAUCAGCUAUAGGGACGAUUUCAGAGAACCUGCCCUCAAUGACGCCAUUCGCAGCAAGAAUUUAGAAGUGGUGGAGCACCUAGUCAGUGAGGGGGCUUAUCUGGAGAUCCUUCCCGGAGCGCUGGGGGGAGAGAUGUGCUGUCUUGCCUAUUUGAAUGAUACCAAACAAAUGGAGAUAUGGAUGGCAGCAGGGAAGCACCUCAACUAUGCUGAUUAUGACAAGAGGACUCCUCUUCAUGUGGCUGUCUGUACCAACCAGGCUGAAAUGGUUACCUUCUGUUUAAAUAAUGGAUCAGAUCCAGAGCUAAGAGACUUCCACAACAAUAGGCCCCUCGAGGAUGCCCGUCGGCUAGGUUUCAAAUACAUGGAGGAGCUGCUGCUGGCCGACCAGGCGAGGAGGCAGGCAGUGGCAGAGGAGGAGGAAAGGCUGAGAGAGCUGCAGGCAGAAAUUGAGAAGGAUGCGGAAGAGCUGUUACAGUGACAACACCCACUGCACUCUAUCAGCUACAGAACAGAUUAAAUAAAAGCAAACUUUUACGUUCAAAGCAUGGAAUGUUUUUUCUAUUCAGAAAAAGGUAUUUU